AUGGAAGCUUUAUGGGAUUUGGUAGACAAAUUGAAGAUUUCAACUCUAGGUGCUAUUCUUCUACUUGCAUGUGCAUGUUGUGCACUUCUUUUCCUUUGCAUUAUUCUUGUACUAAAAAGGAAAGGUAGUAGUAAUAACAACAAGAUUGUGAACCAAGAGGGUGUUAUAGAAGAGAAUGAGACUUCUUCGACUAUCACGACUACAACUACUACUAGUACUACCACUACGACAAAUGCUACUAUUACUACUACUGCUUCUACGAACUGUGGAUGGAUUUCAGUGAAAAGGGUGUUGAUGGAGUCAAUGGUGUGGAGCAGGGCGAGGAAACUGGAAGAGAAUAUUGGAUGGCAGAGAGAAAGAGGAUCUCCAUUGCUAGGAAGCUUAGAAAGGAAUGGUGUUGAAAGUGGUUGGAAAAGUGUGAGUCAUGAUUCAGCAUCAGCAGUGUGGCAAAGACCAAUACUAAGAGGGGAGAAAUGUGAGCUUCCAAGUUUUAGUGGCCUCAUUCUCUAUGAUGAAAAAGGAAAAUUGCUAAAUGAUGAUUUUGUGAAUGAGACACAAUGCAUGGAAAUUUCUAAACAGGAAGAAAUAGAUAUUAUUACAGUGAGAACUACCCUAAAAGAUUUACUAUAG